UCGAAACUAUGCCUCUUGCGAUCUAUCGUCGAACCACUGUCAGUGUCUAGAAUUUUGUCAUUAAUCGACGCGUGUGUUGAGUUCCAGGUCCGCGAGUGCUUCAAGAAGGCAACGGCUCCCUUGCAGCCGGAACAGAAGAGAAGAAACCCUAGGUUUCUUCGCGAGCCUGGGCUGGAAUUCAGAUGGGACGAGGCGUGUGUCGCGGGCGUCUUUGAACGAGACGGUGCCGGCGCCGUUGACGCCCCAGCGUCGCGCCAGACUCCAUUGUCCCUCGCGUCAUCCCCCCAGAAGCAGCAGCAGCAGCAGCAGCAGCAACAACAACAACAAUCAACCGAUCGGCAGCAUCUCGGGCCAAGAUCGUCGCCACAACUGCUCCAGUUGCGGCAAGAGCUACAAGAACGCGUACAUCCUCAAGAGACACUUGCGCUUCGAGUGCGGCAAGGAUCCCUCGUUCAACUGUCCUCACUGCGCCUUCAGCUCCAAGUACGAGAGGAACGUGAAAAUGACAUGGGCCUGUUUCACGCGAAAGACCCGAGGUUCACGCUCGAGAGCUACGAGCUGUCACCCUCGCUCACCAUGUCUGCGAAGAAGUACAUAUGUACUUGCGGCAAGAUCUACAGCCAAAAGAGUUCCCUGGACCGACAUCUACGUUACGAGUGCGGGAAGAUGCCCAACGUGCCCUGUCCGCAGUGCGGGAAAAUGUUCAAGCACAAACACCACGUGACGCAACACCUGAAGAGCUGCCGUCUCAAAGAUUCACGAAGCUCGGACUUUCCCAAUUAUGCGAUGCAGCGACGACCAGGUGGCCAUCGUCGACGACCGUCGGGAUCGCGUCAAGAGACAGAGGACAGCCUGCUUUCAAGAUUCUUCUGCGAGAGUUGCGGGAAAUCGUACAAAUGGAGGGAGUCUCUUUUGAAGCACAAACGCGUGGAAUGCGGGAAGUUGCCGCAGUUCUCGUGCGAAGUUUGCGGCUAUAGAUUCAUGCACAAGCAUCACCUGCGUAAACACAUGACUUCUAUUCACCAAUUGGUUCCUUCGAGUCACGAUGGUAGCUUUUCGAUGAAAAUGACGGCAUCCGGGGGCACGAGUGCGUUUCGAUUCGAGCGAUUGAACAACUUGCAGGGCUCACAGACGUAA